AUGGCAACCGCCAACCUGGUGAAUGCCGCGCACUCGGGAGAUCAGAAUGAGCUCAUGACGUCAGCCAAUGCUACGCGUAAGACUGUGGUGGAGAUGCUACACACUGGAAGAGGGGCUGUCGAGGCUGCGGGAGAGGCCGAUGACAAGGACAAACAGUAUGCGCUGGAGUCCGUACAACGCGCCACCGAAGCGUCGCUAGAGCUUCUGGACUCAGUCAACGAAUGUCUCAAGCACCCCACUAAGGAGAACAAAGACAGACUUCCAAAGUUAUCUAGAGACGUGGCAGAUGGAGUCAGUGAUGUGUGUGAGGCCGCCCAUGCGCUUAAGGGUGCGGAGAUGGUCGACCCAGACGAUCCCCAUGUCAUUGCUGAGCAGGAACUGUUGGUGGCUGCCGCCCAGAUCGAAGCCGCUGCCAAGAAGUUAGCAGAACUGCGACCCAGGCGAAAGGAUUACGAAAUCAACGCCAACAUUUCGUUUGAGGAGAUGAUCGUCUCUGCCGCACAGGGCAUUGCGAGUGCCACGAGUGCGCUGAUGGUGGCUGCUCAAGGGGCCCAGAGAGAGCUGUACGAUCAAGGCCGUGUAAGCAAGAACAAAAACACAGAGAAGUACCACGACGACAUCACAUGGUCUGAGGGGCUGGUUAGUGCGGCCAAGAACGUCGCAGGAGCCACCGAACUCUUGUGCGAAAGCGCAAACUCGGUAGUGACGGGCCAAGCCUCGGAGGAACGUCUCAUAUCAUCGUCAAUGGCUGUCAGUAGGUCCACACAGCAGCUGCUCAUUGCGUGCCGAGUCAAAGCAGACAAACACAGUAAGGCUAUGGACCGGCUGGACACCGCCGGAACGGCCGUGCGCAAGGCUACCAAUGCUCUGGUGGCUAGUGCUAAGGAUGCUGCUGUCUUCCAGGAGGAGAAGAAUGAAGUGGAGGUGAACAGGUUCAAGGUGGGAUCCAUUGCUCAAGAGAUCGCGAUGCAAGAGGCCGUGCUGAAGAAGGAGAAAGAGUUGGAGAACGCACGUAAGCAACUCACAACCCUGCGCAAGCAGAAAUACGAUAAGAAAUAGGUGUAUAGUCACACUCACACAUACACAAACGUUUGUAUAUAAGCACCCACUCGCUGCACCCAAUAGUAGUUACUCAAGGUGCGCACGCGAGAGCGGGUAGAAUGAUUCAUAGAUGUCAACAUGGAUGAGCAAAGAGAGGGACUCGAUUCCGUGUUUUUAUACCCUUGUUUGGUUGUACGCGUGUGUCGAGGUUAUCAGUUCACAGUUUUUGUCGUAUGGGGAUGCGAUAGGCUCAGUGGAAGGACCGGCUAGGCCUGCGUAAGCAGCAACGUACGACAGCUUAGAACAGUUGCAGGGCCAUUUCAUGAGUGCAGGGGUGUGCAUGUACACGCAUAUCCGUCAGGAAUGAGUGCA